UUUUUUUCUCGUAUAUAGUUUAUAGACCGUUAUAUAUAUAUAUUUUUUUAUUCAUAUUAAUAAUUAUAAUAUAAAUAUAAAUAUAUAUUUUUUUAUAUAUUUAUAUUCAAUAUGCUUACAUCCCCUUAUGUGCACAUGAAUCCAAAGAAACAACAUGGUGAUGAUGUAGUGGCCAUGAUUGACUAUACCAACUUGUAUAUAAAGAAUUUGGACCCAGAAGUAACGAGUUAUGAUCUUUUUAAAAAGUUUAGAGUCUAUGGUAAAAUUAUUUCAGCACGAGUUAUGAAAGAUACCUUGACGGGUGUGUCUAAAGGAUAUGGGUUUGUGAGUUACACUACCAUGGAAGAAGCAAACGAGGCCCUUCAACAAAUGAACGGUGCUCUUGUGAACUCCAAGAACAUUGUCGUUAGUUUCCAUACACAUAAGAAACCAGCUAGCACUGUCAAGGUCAAGAACAGUCAUAACAGCAAUAAUAAUGUUGUUAUUGAUUAUAUGAAUCUAUCUCCGCCUACCACGGCCUCCAGUAGCAAUCAUCAAGUGUAUCCUAUCUAUCCUACAUCACAACCUUCUCCUCCUUACAGUCAUCAACAACAGCAACAUCAACAACAUCAACAACAACAACAACAGAAUGCUGCUAUGAUGCCACAAGAACCAUAUAUACCCUUAAAGUCAAAUAUACCACCUUCUGCUACACAUAAUCCAUGGAAUGAGACUGGUAUUUGGAUACACACCAACACUCAUCAAAAGGCAACUACACCACCUUCAGUUCAUUAUCACCCAAGCCAUUUACCAUCGAUGCAUGUACCCACACAACAAACACAAACAACAACAACAACAACAAAUGCUUCCGUCUUGGUGUCACCUUCCACUGGAUGUAGCAGUCCUCCUCCGCUAAUUGAUUUGAGUCAACCUUACUAUCCUCAUCUUGAUACAACACCCAGCCAAAUCCAGCUACAAAGAAUCCGAGAUGCUAUUUCUGCUCAACUUAAAGACUACCAACAAAAGGAUCUAAAUGAUUUGGUAGAUUUGAUCCAAUCUCUCAAGAAGCGAGAUCUCUCACUUUGUUUGUUUAAUCCUACUUUUUUGAAACAAAAGAUUGACGAAGCGUACGAAGCACUCUAUUUAUUUCAAAAUCCACCUAUUACACAAAAACCCUCUUUGAUGGAUGAAAGUAACAGCAAACUCAAUUUGACAGCAGAACAAAUCCAUUCUGCUUCUGUCAUCUUGAGCUCAUUGGAAGGCAUGACGCUCAACAAAAAGAAACGAGUGUUUGGUGACAUCUUUUUCCCUUAUGUUCGAGCAACGGGUGUGAAGCAUGCACCCAAAGUCACGAUUCGAUUGUUAGAUACUGUACCUUUAGAAGAAUUGGCUUACAACAUGUACGACAAACAAGAGUUGACUAGAAAAGCACAAUACAUUCAUAAUGAACUUUAUAACAAUAAGAACUAAACACAUGUCUAUCCUUAUUAUCUCUUUCUAUAUAUGCUUAUCAUUCAUUUACAUAGAAUUAUUUACAGUUAUCUAUGAUCUCUUUCUUUCUCUUCUCUAUAUCUAUAUCUUAUAUAUUAUCCCAUUUCUUAUAUCUUACAUUAUUAAAAAAAACUUUUUUUUUUUUUUUU